AUGAGAUUAAUGAGAUAUUCGUACGACAUAUUGUGGGUACCAGGAAAACAAUUAACAACUGCCGACACGUUAUCAAGAGCGCCAAUCAACAAAACUGAAGAGGAAGAUAUUGAGAAACUUGCAGAAGAAGCAGAAGCAUGUGUAAGAACAGUAGUUCAAUCAAUCCCAGUAUCAUCUAAUAAAUUAGAUGUAAUAAUAAAAAAUCAAAGAGAAGAAUUACAGGAAUUGUUAGAUAUUACAAUUCAAGGAUGGCCUAAAAAUAAGAACCUAUUAAAUGAAAGAUUAAAAGAAUACUGGGAUCAUCAAGCAGAAUUGUCGAUCAAUGAAGAUAUACUUAUGAGAAAUAAUCAAAUAGUGAUUCCUCCAUCCUUGAGAAAAGAAAUGUUAGAUAAUAUUCAUCAAGGUCACCAAGGUAUUAAAAGAUGUAAAGAAAGGGCUAAAAUGUCAGUAUGGUGGCCCAAAAUUAAUCAUCACAUCGAACAAAAAGUAACCUAUUGCCCGCAAUGCAUUGCUGACAGAGUGCCUCCUCGCCAUCCUAUGAUUCCUACAGAGGUUCCUGAAAGACCCUGGCAGAAAAUCGGAGUAGAUUUUUGUGAAUUCAACAAUGAUAAAUACAUAAUUCUCAUGGAUUAUUAUUCCAAAUACAUCGAUGUAUAUAAGGUAUCUAACUGUUCAACGGCAAUAUUGAUUAAAUCAAUGAAGACAUCGUUUGAAAAGCAUGGCAUCCCCGAGUCAAUUAGAUCAGACUCAGGUGUGCAAUUUCUAUCAGAAGAAUGGGAACUAUUCAAAUCAGAAUACGACUUCACAGUGGAAACUAGUUCACCAUACCAUCAUCAGUGCAAUGGUCAAGCUGAAAGUGGUGUGAAAAUCUUCAAAAACAUAUUAAAGAAGUGUAAGGAUAGACAUCUGGGCUUAUUGGCAUACAAUACGACGCCAAAGGAAUGUGGUUAUAGCCCAUCACAACUAUUAAUGGGACGGAAUUUAAGAACAAAUCUACCAGUGAAUAAAGCAACUCUACUUCCAGCCACUCCAAAUCACAAUAGAUAUAGACUUAGACAAAUGGAAGAAAAGAGGAAACAGGAACAACAGUUCAAUAAAAGACAUAGAGUGACCCAGGUCAAGGAUUACCCAGAAAACGCUAAAGUUUGGGUAUCGGACCGAAGAGAAGAAGGGGUAAUCAAGGAGAAGUUAGAGAACAGGAAAUAUAAUGUUGAAACAAAAAGGGGAGGAAGAUAUAUCAGGAAUUCAAAAUUCUUAUUCCCUAUGUUCUCCUCUGGAGAAAGAGAAAAUCCUGAUAAAGAAAACCCCCAUACACAGACACUUCCUCCAAGACAGACACAUACACCAAGAUCCAACCUACAUAAUCAUUCUUCAACCAUACACAGACCUACCAGAAUUGUUAAACCUGCUAAGAGGUUCAUAGAAGAACUUUAA